GAUCUGUCACGAAACGGCAAGUGUCAAGUCAAUGCAAGUAUAAAUAUGUUUCGGUUGAAAUAAAUUCGCGAUAAUUUGAAUUAGUUUGGUCUGAUUAAAUUAAAAAAGUGUUCAAAAUGCCUCUGAUACGUUCGGCCAGUCUCAAUUUGUUUGUCGAAAUUAUUGUGCGAAUCGCAUUCCUAUCCGCAUUCUGUUAUAUGGAAUCAAUGCCGCCCUUCAUUCGCGUUAUCCAACCCUCCGAAAUGGCGGAGAGUCUGAAGUACCCCCGCCACGAGUCCUACGUCCCUGGGACGAUGCUCUGGGGCAUAGUGUUGUCUGUACCCUGUCUAUUGUCUAUAGUCGCUUGGGCCGCGUGCAAUGACUGUAAUGACGCUUUGGAGUUCCUUCUCGCGUGGACACUGUCGCUGGGUAUCACUGGCAUUUUGACGGACACUGUCAAACUGAUUGCGGGUCGUCCUAGACCUGACUUCUUCUACCGAUGCUUCCCGGACGGGAUGGAAACGGCGGACCUGAAGUGCACCGGCGAUAUGGCCGAUAUCAUGGAGGGGAGGAAGUCCUUCCCCAGCGGGCAUAGUAGUUUGUCGUUCUGUUCGUUGGGCAUCGCGUCCCUAUGGAUCUGUGGCAGGCUGGGAGUGCUGGCCCGCCGGCGCGGGUCGUCGGUUCGAAUCUCCUGCACGCUCGCCCCGCUGAUACUGGCCGGGUGCAUCGCUCUGUCGCGGACUUGUGACUACCAUCAUCAUUGGCAGGAUGUCCUAGUGGGUUCGAUCCUAGGCCUCUCCGUGGCUGCCUUCUGUUACCGGCAGUACUACAACCCACUGUCCUCUGACAAUUCCGGGAUACCUUAUAUAGUUUCCAGUACAAGCAUAGCUAAAUAUUUUAACGGGAAACCCGACAUAAGCCCGGUGAAGGAAAAAGAAGAAUCGACGCCAUUGUUGAAAAAGGAAGACAAGUGGAUUUGAAUUUGGAAUGAUUUUCCAUAUAUGCGGGUAUGUGCGGGUUCUGAGUCAUAGACAAAAAUUCUCGGCUAUGAAAAAUGAUUUAGAAUUAUUUGUUGCGAUACUCACUCGGUCAUUUGUAGGUUACUACUGAGUCGAUAGUGAUGAAAUUAAAUUUGCUGAUAGUGCUAAAUAAUAAAGGUAGGAUAUUUUUAUUUCGAAUCAUAUUUUAUUGGUCAUGCUUCAUAAUAAGACCAAGAACAUUUUGGAAUUGAUUGAAUAAGACAGAUAAAAGAAGAAAAAUAUUCAAAUGUCAUUGAUUGAUUUUUUUUAAUAUUUUGAUAGAUUUUUAAAUUAAAACAAUUGAGGUUAUAUAAUCAAUCAAUUAUAAUUGAACAUUGGUGAAGUAUCUAAUGUAAUAGUAUUUACUGAAAUUAGAUCAAGUAGUUUCUAUGAUAAAUGUGAAUUGCGAUUUUAUAAAUGUACUUAUUUUGUUAUUGUUUUUUUUUUUUGAUGUGUUUCUAUUAAAAUGAUCAGGCGGAACUAGGUUCUCGUUUCCUUAUAUAUCAUUUAGUUACUUAAUUAAUUGACUUAUUUGGUUAAUUGUAUGUUGAGCAAAAAGUCUAAAAAUUAUUCGAAGAAGUGAAACAUGACAUCGUUGCUAAUAAUAUAGAUUCGAAAGUGUUUUCUCUAGCUUCAUCUCCAGAUAAAAAUCAUAUCAUAAAAUCGCCACAUUGCGACGGUAAAAAAAUACUAACAUUUUUGCAUUUAUAAAUAUUACUAAGGAUGGUUUGAUAGGUAUCACUCGAACGAUGUUACGGUCAGUCUAAAAUAAUAUUGCCAAUGAAUAAUUUUAUAAAAUCUUUUAUGAUGAAUACUAUUAAAAAGAAAAUAAAGGCAUCAGAAUUUGACUCGUUUUGUAGCUGUGUUACCCAAUAACUCCGCGGGUUUUCAACCGAUGAUUCAAUUGUUGUCAUUUGAUGCCAUUCAUCAGAGUCUGGAGUUAUAACUCCCUUACCGGGACGUCGAAUUUUUUUAAAAAUAAUUUAUUUUAAUAACUAAUAACAUAGCAUAAUUUUAACAUUCCUAUUUACAAUUUUAGAACUUAUUUGUAAUUGAAUUUUGAAUUUAUUUUUAUAUCUUUGUACCUACCCUUUGAAUUGUGAUAUUUUUUUAUUAUUUUUAAUAAUUUUAUGUUGCAUUCUUUUUAUUUUUUAAUAUUUUAUUAACAAGAGUUCAGAUUUUUUGCGGCCAUUUUUAAAAAAGUAAGGGGUCAAUGAAUCGUUUAUUGUGUGGAAAGAGAUUAAUUGAACUUUGUAAUGUCACAACUAGAAUAAAAUCUAUUAAAAAUAAAUCUAAAUUAUGGAAAGUUUUUAGUGUUUUGUUCUAAAACUAUUUAUUACUUACUUGCUUCACGCAUGUUGAGUAGUUUGUGAGGGCUUAAAAUUACCCUUUAAUUAUUAAAAAAUUGCUCAAUUUAUAUAAAAACUAUUUCUGAGAAUUUUAUUCAUAAUACUUUGUUGUUUUUUCGUACUUAACUACUAAUACGAUGCUGAAUUCUUAAUAUUUAUUAAUCCCAAAAACGUUAGAACGUCUCCGAAAAUAUAUGUUCCUACAACUAUAUCCUUCCAUAUGUUAUUAUUUGUUAUGAAUUAUUUAUAUUAAUAAAUUUGAUUGUGACUUGCGAAGUGAGGAAGCUUACAAAAG